GUACAAACUUAGGUAUAGGUUAAAACAUUAAAUAAUAUACUGAAAGAAAGUUUUCCCCCUUAAAAGCUCGUAGCCUGAAUACAUGGAGAAUAAUUCAUAAAACUUUAAAUUUCAACCUCAAAUAUCAUUUGCCGACUGAUUGUUUAAUCAUAAUGUCUUACAUUUUAUAAUUAUUGUUAAUUGAUACAUUAUUAACAUUCCAAUUUAGAUAGUUUAGUGGAUACCAGUUUUUAAUCAUUGCAAUAUGAUUUUCUCCGAGAAUGAAGGAGAUGAUACCUCAAGUGUUGACAGUACUUCCAACACAGACAAUACCUCUAGAAGUGAGACACCCACCAAUACUAGAGUGAAAAAACGCAGAAGAGGAAAAAAACCAAAAACAGUAAAACCAGUUAAACCUCCUUAUAAGUUCAAUUGCAGUGCUAAAGAAGAUCAUGGCCAACCUUUAUUUGGAUGUCAGUUCAACCACAAUUUAGGUGAUGGGGAGCCCCAGAUUUUUGCUGUUGUUGGCAGCAACAGAGUGUCAAUAUAUGAAUGCCCAGAAUCAGGUGGUUUUAAAUUCCUACAGUGUUAUGCUGAUCCAGAUGUUGAUGAGACAUUCUACACCUGCGCAUGGUCAUAUGAAGAAGAAACCAACCUGCCAUUGCUUGCCGUAGCUGGCUCUCGCGGUAUUGUACGAAUUUUCCAUCCUGCUACCCAGACUUGUAUUAAACACUAUAUAGGACAUGGACAUGCCAUCAAUGAAGUAAAAUUUCAUCCCCGAGAUCCAAAUUUACUACUCUCAGCUAGCAAAGACCACGCUCUACGUCUCUGGAAUAUUAUGACUGAUGUCUGCAUAGCCAUAUUUGGGGGUGUUGAAGGACAUAGAGAUGAAGUGCUAAGUGCAGAUUUUGAUUUGAAAGGUGAACGCAUAAUGUCAUGUGGAAUGGACCACUCGUUAAAGCUAUGGAGGCUAGAUAAACCGUCAAUGCAUGAAGCGAUUAAGCAGAGUUAUAGUUUUAACCCUCAUAGAGCACUGAGGCCAUUUAAUUCGUUAAAAGAACAUUUUCCGGACUUUUCCACACGAGAUAUACAUAGAAAUUAUGUAGACUGCGUGCGGUGGAUGGGGGAUCUCAUUUUAUCUAAGUCGUGUGAGAAUGCCAUAAUAUGUUGGAAGCCAGGUCGUUUAGAAGAAACUGAACUACGUCCAGGAGACAAUUCAAUUACUAUUGUGCAUAGAUUUGAUUACAAGGAAUGUGAGAUAUGGUUCAUUCGGUUUGCUGUCGACUAUAGCCAGAGGGUAAUAGCGCUUGGUAACCAGUGUGGCAAGACAAUGGUGUGGGAAUUGGGUAAUGUUGCUGGAGGGUCAAAAGCGUCACAACUCAUACAUCCACGAUGUGUUGCUGCAGUAAGACAGGUAACGUUUUCUAAAAAUGGAAAAGUUCUUGUCAAUUGCUGUGAUGAUGGCACAAUAUGGAGAUGGGAUCGAGUCAACAAUAACAACUAGAUCUUAACGAAUGCUACUAAUUUUUAUUAUACUAGUACCUUAAGUGCA